AUGGAAUCUCGUACUAAGCCUCAUGCACUGGUUUGGUUUCCUCGUUCAGAAGAACCACAUUGGGGAAUUCCACCCAACUGUGAGAAACUCUUGGAAUGUCAUUUCCACCUGGUCUGGUUGAAGGACUUACUGGACAACCCUACAUUAGGGCUGGACAUCCAGGCAGCGUUUGGCUAUUACUGCGACCCGGUGACGUUGACCAUCGAAACUCGGCCACAGUGGUUUCCUAACCUUAAGACGGUCGUUUGUGUGUCCACAGGGUUUGACCACAUGGACAUGGAGAAGUAUAAACAAUUGGGUAUUCGUGUGUAUAACUGUGUGUCUUAUUCCGAGGCGACGGCCGAGCAUGCCUUCCUGUUAAUCCUAGCUACGGCCAGGGAUUUUAUCAAAAAAGUACAGGAAACUAAAACUGCAGUGGAAUGUGUCGGUAGUAUGACAGACCCCGCCCCUGGGCUGUCUGGAUCCACCCUCGGCGUGAUAGGCCUGGGCAAAAUAGGAACUAAAGUCGCCAAGUGCGCUCGGAUCUUUGACACGCGCAUCCUGUACCACAACAGGCGGGCCAGAGAUUCCAGGCUGGACGAAGAGGACGGUUUUGUGUAUGCCUCCUCAUUGGCUCUUCUGCUCCAGGAAAGUGACUACAUUCUGGUCACAUGUCCUUUAACAGACAAAACGAGGCUAAUGAUUGGCCGGGAGCAAUUCAAAAUGAUGAAAUCUACAGCGGCCAUCGUUAAUGUCGCAAGAGCUGAAAUAAUAGAUCAAGAUGCAUUGCUGGAUGCCUUGCAGAGGGGAAAGCUACGAUCUGCCGCUUUGGAUGUCACCAGUCCGCCAGUUCUUCCCACGGGUCACCCACUUUUGACCCUCCCCAAUGUCAUCAUCACAAACCAUUGUGGUUAUUGUACACAUAGAUCCAUAGAAAAUAUCUUCCGGGAAGCUGUGUACAAAGCCUUGGAUGGCUUGACAAAAGAUCAAUGCCAUGUGGAAUGAUAAAUAAGGACUAA